AUGGCCAAAUAUGAAGAGUUCCUUGAUCGCAUGGUGAACAUUCUUCGCGAGAAUAAUCCAGAAUAUGAAGAGCUCCUUGAUGGCGCAGUGAACGUUGUUCAAGAGAAUAUUCAAAAGCUUGUAGGAGAUGUACUCAUGCCACCAAAAGUACAACGUGGUCGUGAAGGCCUCAACAAGACUGCCCUUGUGAAUUUCAUGGAUAUCUGCAAAAAGAUGAACAGAGAGCCAGAGCAUGUUAUGAACUUCUUACUCACUGAGAUGGGAACAUCUGGAUCGUUGGAUGGACAACAGAAGCUGGUUGUUAAAGGAAGAUUUACUCACGAUAUUUUUGAUGAGUUUCUAAAAAGAUAUAUCAAUGAUUAUGUUAUAUGCAAUGCAGAGACAUAA